CUUUUGGGGGAAACGGUUUCCCCACUCGACAGAAACAGGUGGAAAAAGGUUAUAUGCAGUUUCAGGCAUUGGCACCUCACGAUAUCCUCUAGAUAGGGUUCCAUCUCAACCACCCAACCUCUGACAUUUGUGCCAUCUAGUCUCAACCCACUUACUGUAUUAAGUUGUAGACUUAUACAAUCUUUAUUUUAUCAGGAUCUCCCGCACCGGGAGUGUUGCUACUUGCUACUUUGCUACUUGAACGGCUCAAGCCGAGCGUCACACCAUCGGCCCGGAACUGCACGGAACCCGGCGUCUUCCAAAGGAAGGAGCAGUGCCUGCGGAGCGUUCCAUGGCGGACGACCUCGAAGAGGAGACCGAAAUCCUCGAGGACGUCGAUGAGGAGGAGACUGAAGACGUUCAGGCGGAGGAGAGUGAAGACAACGAAGACAAUGCGUCAGACCCCGGCGAGGGUAGUGUUCAUGGGGAGACGGUGACCCAGGAUGAGGUUCUGGAGAAGUACAAAGCACCCUACGAUCAAGGCCUGGACCGCGUGAAGUUCCCCGCCGACAUCACUCAGGAGAUCCAGCGGACGUGGCAGAAGUUCCUAACUCUUGCAGGUUCACCGGAACACGCGGGGGAAUUGAUCUUCAACGCCUGGUGGGGAGCCGCCCCCUCCCUUCACUCGUCCUUUCUGACACCACGGACGGUGCUCUACCUGCGGCUGGUGCAGGGGAUCUCGCCAGUGAUCUCAGCUUUGUACCACCCGACCGAAUUGAGGACCCAGAUCGAGAUCAUCUCCUUCCGUCACUUGGAUCGGCCCGUGAGCACCCAGGGCGUGGAGAUCUUGCGGGAUGCCAUGCUGGACAUGUGGGAGGCGGAGCUGCAAGGAGACUUCACUCCCAAGGCUCGCCUUGGCUGGUUUUCUCUCCUGAACUAUUGGGGCGGAGCACUCUGCUAUUUUCAACGCGAGCACGCGACGCGCAUCAAGAUCAUCCACCGCAGCUGGCGAGAGGCCAACAAGUCGGUGGCACUGCCAGAAGAAGAGGAGGAGAUGCAGCAGGGGGAAGGGGCCACUGAGGACGGCGAGUCUGGCGCCAUGCCGAUGGAGAGCCAAGAACGGAAGGAGGAGGCCGUCAAAGAGGUGGUAGAGGAUGAUGCGGCGAGUGAGGACAAGAAAGGUCAUGGAGAUUCAAAGAUGAAGGUGCCCACAACCUUCCGGGAGAUGUUCUUGUUCAAUGCAGCAGUGAUGGGCUUCGGGAAUUCCAAGUGGAUGGACAUCAUCUUGGACCAGUUUGACGCUUUGGUCGUGAACAUCGCCAACUCCUACCGUUUGCAGGAAGAGUGCGACGUUUUGCUGCUGGUCUUGUCCAAGUACACGGAGCCCAUCAGUUUGUCAGACUUCCGUGCGGUGAUGCUCGCCACGCUGAGGUCCUUGGCGCCCAAAGAUUGGGACACCGAGCACGAGGUGGCUUGGAACUGGCUUUGGGAGAAUAUUGAGCGCGUCCUGAAGGGGCAGCUGGGAAAGCCCAAGGCACUGGAGCGUGCGCUGACGCACUUCAUUGCCAGCUGGUCCGAGGACCAGGCCAUGUUCUUCCGCAAGGAGCUGUAUAAGCGAUUCUUUGCGUUCUCGCCAUCGGGCCAAGACUUCUUCAAGCAAUCUUCCACGCGCCUGUAUUUCCUGGCAGACCGCGUGGUUGAGAUGACUGUCGAGAUGUUCCGUGAGCCCAGAAAAAUGGUGCAAGAGAUCAGUGGCCUGGGUCUACGUCAUGUCGGCUGGGGCAUCCCACCGGAGCUCUUUGGGCCCUACACCUCCGGCGCGGUGGAAUCCGUGCGGUGCAUGACCACGGAUGAGAACACACAGGCGGCCUUUCGCUUCUCCCUGUCCCUGAUCGCCAAGAUCCUGGUGCGAGCGGUCACUGAAGGAGGUACUUUGGUCAUGAGGGCCAUCAACACCAACCAGGAGCUGGCCCUGAAGAAAGCCAUUGCCAUCGCCCCACGCGGCAAGCGUGCGAUGGAAUUGCUGAACAUCUCUGUGGGUACUCAGUCCAUCUCGCCCUUGUUCUGGUCCAUCGAGAGUGGAUCCCUCAACAGUGCUCGAGCCAUGAUCGUGGACUUGCUCACCAUUCGUGCAGACCGGGACGUCUACUACUACGGUUGCGAUGCGAUGUUCACGCGACAUCCUGAUCUCAUCCUUCGCCUGUGCAAUGACGCUUCCACCCUUUUGUGGACCUUGUUCGAUGGCUUGGUAUGGAGGUCCAGACUGGUGCAAGAUGGCCAAAGACGGGUGAACUACUACAUCAAGCAUUUGGUGCAAGACUUGGAAGGAAAUCUGAGUCCUGCACUGAAGUGGCUGGCGCAUCACAAGGAUCCUCGGCUGGUGAGCCAUGGUGUUGUGAUGACCUUUGCAGAUUUGCUGUGGAACCGCGUGGCCUCAUACCAGUUCUUGCUGGGGCGAGGCUAUUUCCUGUUUACAUUGCUGAUCUUUAUCACCAGCCAGUCCCUCUUGGUUCCUGGCGAGGAGGCCCUUUGGCGGAACAUCACCACUUUUGUGUGUCGAUGCUUUCUAUACUUGGGAAGCAUGAGCAAGCUGUUGUUCGACCAGUGUAAGCUUUCGUGCAGCGCCUUCAAGGCGGGCGAAUACCAGUGGUAUUGGCUACUUCCGGUGCCCAACUACCUCCACAGCACACAGCAGGCCGGCAGCCUCCUGUUGGUGUUGCUCCUGAUUCUGAUGUACAUUCAAGAGCCAAUCUUGUGGUGCAUCUCUUUUGGCACUCCCGACGAGGAAGGAAUGAUUUUCACCACCACCUGUCCUGAAGCUCAAGGGGUGAUGACCGCCUACACCGUCUUCUCUUGCAUGGCCAUGCUCAUUUAUUGGGCGCUUUUAAUGGACUUCACCUUGUUGUCCAUGCGGAUCUCCGCCUUUGUUUUGGUCUGUGGCAACGUACUGGCAGAUGUGGGGCUUUUCUGCCUCGCUCUCGUCUUCUUGAUCCUGAUGUUUGCCACGGCCAUCAGCUCUUUGAAUCAUCACGUGGUCGGCUUUGAUGGUGUUGGCCCAUGGCUCGUGGGCUUGUUGCAGAUCACAUUGGGCAUGUUCCCACCCACCAAGUACGAAGAGUUCAGGAGCGAUACUCCCGUGCUGAUCGCCGUCUCGGUCUUCGUGGCCGUGCUGAGCAUCUUCUUAGUGAACCUAUUAGUCGCUCAGCUCAACCAGUCCUACCGCGACAUCUUCGAGGAUAUGCAGGGCUUCGCUCGGCUGAAUCGUGCGGGUGUCACCGCCGACAUCAUCGAGCAGGUGAGCCGCAAGCGCUGGGUGAAAUUCACCGGCCACCUGCGCUUCGACGAUCCACUGGAGCGGGGGAAGUGGGAGUGCCGGGUGGGAUCCAAAUCCUGGAGCCCGCGAACGCGAACAUGGUCACCGAGGACAGCAUCAAGCGCUAUGGAGGUCCAACAGCUCCUAGUGCUCCAUGGCCUCAGGCCCGCACGGACACCGGGGAGGAUGAUCGAUUCGUACGCUUGGAGAAGCUCAUCAUGAAGGCCACCCGGAAGCCCAAGGUGAUUGCAUGUGAUUCGAGCUACGGGCAUGUCAGCUCGGCCCAUCUCGGCCCUCGGCGCUCUUGUGAGAGGGUGCCUCAAUUGGCUUUGACGGCCUUGGUUUGCACGUGCUUUGCAGCCUGCUAUAGCUGGCGCCUCUUCGUCAGGUGACACGUAGCAGCGGCCUUCAGAUGGGGAGGCGACACUUCAUCGAAAGGAUGGGAUGGCUCCCUGAGAAAUCUUGGAAUCAGAGAGCUUUUGUGCCUGAGUGAUAUGAG